CUCACCUUAUCUUAUCGCUGCCAAAAAAAGUUGAAGAACAUCCCACUGAGUUCGCGACGGCAGGACCCAUUGAGAGCGACUGACACGGGUUUGCAGUCGGAUUGGAAGUUGGCAUUGCCCGGUCGCCAACAUGGUUAAAUCCUACCUCAAAUUCGAGCCCUCGAAAUCGUUCGGCGUCGUCGCAUCCACCAACUCGAACCUCGUUUGGUCAUCUAGGGGCAAGGCGGGCGCUGGUGCCGGCCAGGCAAUAGUCGCCGCCAAUGAGGAGGUCCUCGUAUGGGACAUCAAGAAGGGCGAGCUGCUAAGCCGCUGGCGGGAGGAGAACUGCAGGGCCAAGGUGACGGCCAUCGCCCAGAGCAGGACCGAUCCGGAUGUUUUCGCGGUCGGCUACGAAGAUGGCAGCAUCCGCAUUUGGGACAGCAAGAUUGCCACUUCGGUGGUGAGCUUCAACGGGCACAAGUCGGCCAUCACCAUUCUCGCCUUCGACAAGACGGGCGUGCGCCUCGCCAGCGGCGCCAAGGACACCGAUGUUAUCGUCUGGGAUCUCGUCGCUGAGGUUGGGCAAUACAAGUUGCGUGGACACAAGGACCAGGUCACGGGGUUGCACUUCGUCGAACCAGACCCGGUAUUGCAGGGCGAGGGCGAGGAGGAGCAGGCCCUGAUGGCAAUAGACAACGAGGCGGCUGAGGGUUUCCUCUUGACGACCGGGAAGGAUGCGCUCAUCAAACUCUGGGAUCUCACCUCGCGCCAUUGCAUCGAGACACACGUUGCGCAAACAAACGGCGAGUGCUGGGCGUUGGGUGUGACCCCUGACUUCAACGUAUGCGUUACGGCCGGCAACGACGGCGAGAUGACAGUAUGGGCACUGGAUGCGACUGCUCUGGCGUCGUCUGCGCAAAAGGUCGAUCUCUCACAAUCCAUCAACUUUCUUCGAGAGAAGGGGACAUUACACCGAAACAGCAAGGAGAGGGCCGUUGAGGUCAUCUUCCACCCUCGGCGAGACUAUUUCGCGGUACACGGGGUUGAAAAAUCGGUCGAGAUUUGGAGGAUGCGGAAUGAAGCUGAGAUCAAGAAAAGCCUGGCGAGGAAGAAGAAGAGGAGGAGAGAGAAGCUGGCCAAAGACAAGAAAACGGACGGGGAUCAGGAAAUGGACGAUGCCGAGGAUAAGGCCGACGACAUCACCGAGGCUGAUAUUUCCGACAUGGUGGUGCAGCAUGUCAUUGUCAGGACAACGGGUAAGGUGAGGUCAGUCGACUGGGUUGCCAACCAGGGGAAGAAGGAUCUGCAACUGCUUGUUGGGUCGACAAAUAACCUGCUCGAGUUGUACACGAUCGUCGGGAGAGACAAGCUGAAGUCAAAGGGCGAUGUCCCGGAUUACAACAAGGCGUUGGGUGUUGAACUCCCAGGGCACCGCACAGAUAUCCGCUCCCUAUCCAUCAGCUCCGACGACAAGAUGCUGGCUUCGGCCGCAAAUGGCUCCCUGAAGAUCUGGAAUAUCAAGACCCAAGCCUGCAUCCGGACGUUUGAGUGCGGUUACGCGCUUUGCUGCGCCUUCCUCCCAGGAGACAAGGUGGUGGUUGUGGGUACCAAGGAGGGGGAUCUCCAACUGUACGAUGUCGCCUCUGCAGCAUUGCUGGAGACGGUCGACGCGCAUGACGGUCACGCCAUCUGGUCACUACAAGUCCACCCGGAUGGCAAAUCGGUGGUGUCCGGUGGAGCGGAUAAGACAGCCAAGUUCUGGGACUUCAAGAUCGUCCAGGAGCAAGUACUGGGCACGACCAGGACAACACCAAAGCUGAAACUCAUUCAGUCAAGGAUAUUAAAGGUAUCCGACGACAUUCUCAGCUUGCGGUUCUCGCCCGACGCAAAACUAAUAGCCGUCGCUCUACUCGACAGCACCGUCAAGGUCUUCUUCGUCGACAGCCUGAAGCUCUACCUUAACCUCUACGGCCAUAAGCUACCCGUGCUCAGUAUGGACAUAUCGUACGAUAGCAAGCUUAUCGUGACCAGCUCGGCCGACAAGAACAUCCGGAUCUGGGGCCUCGAUUUUGGUGACUGCCACAAAGCCCUCUUCGGCCACCAAGACAGUAUCCUGCAGGUCGCCUUCAUCCCCCACAACUCGGACGGCAACGGCCACCACUUCUUCAGCGCCAGCAAGGAUCGCACCAUCAAGUACUGGGACGCCGACAAGUUCGAGCAGAUCCAGCGCAUUGACGGCCACCACGGCGAGAUUUGGGCCCUGGCGGUCAGCCACGUCGGCAACACCCUCAUCUCGGCCAGUCACGACAAGAGUAUCCGCGUAUGGGAAGAAACCGACGAACAAAUCUUCCUCGAAGAAGAACGCGAGAAAGAGCUCGAAGAGCUCUACGAAUCCACCCUCACCACUUCCCUCGAACAAGACCCUGACGAGCAGGACCAAGACCGCGAAGUCGCUGCGGCCUCCAAACAAACCGUCGAGACGCUCAUGGCCGGCGAGCGCAUCGCCGAGGCACUCGAACUGGGCAUGGCCGACCUCAACACCCUGCGCGAGUGGCGCGAGGCACGCCAAACCAACCCAGCCAUGGCGCCACCGCAGCGCAACCCCAUCUUCAUCGCGCUCGGCAACAUCACCGCCGAGACCUACGUCCUCAACACGCUCCAGCGCAUCAAGGCAUCAGCCCUGCACGACGCGCUGCUCGUGCUCCCCUUCGCCGCCGUCCCGUCCCUCUUCACCUUCCUCGACCUCUUCGCGGCGCGCGAGAUGAACGUGCCCCUCACCUGCCGCAUCCUCUUCUUCAUGCUCAAGACCCACCACCGCCAGGUCGUCGCCAGCCGCACCAUGCGCGCCACGCUCGAGGCCCUGCGCGCCCACCUGCGCCGCGCCCUGCGCCGCCAGAAGGACGAGAUGGGGUAUAACAUUGCCGCGCUGCGCGUGGUCGGCAUGCAGAUGCGCGAGCGGGAUGUGAAAGAGUAUGUGGAUGAGAAUUGGGAGGAGGCGGGGAAGGAGGAGGGUGGGGGGAGGAAGAGGGGGUUUGUGGAUGUUUCGUAG